AUGACGUCCCCCUCAACACGCCGCCUCCUCAAAGAAUCAACAGACAUCCACAAAAACCCAAGCCCCUACUUCACCGCCUCCCCAAUCUCCGACAGCAACCUCCACGACUGGCACUUCACCCUCACGGGACCCCCGAGUCCAACGCCCUACGCGAACGGCCUCUACCACGGCCGCAUCACCUUCCCACCAACCUACCCGCUCCGCCCACCAAGUUUCCGCUUUCUGACGCCGUCGGGCCGAUUUGAGGUGAACCGCGAGAUAUGCCUCAGUAUCUCGGGGCACCAUGAGGAAACAUGGCAGCCGGCGUGGGGAGUGCGGACGGCGCUGCUGGCGAUCCGGAGUGAGAUCAUGGGGGCGGAAAGCAAAGGGCAGGUUGGUGGGAUGGAGGGCAGUGAGGCGAUUCGAAGGGAGUUUGCAAGCGAGAGUCGGGGAUGGGUUUGUCGGGAGUGUGGGAGGAGUAAUGAGGAGGCUAUGAAAGAAUGGUGGGAGAUUUGUCGGGAGAGGGGGGUUAAGAUUGACGUUGAAGGGAGUGAAGUUGUAGGCGGGGAUAAGGAGGAGGAGGAUAAGAAGCAAGAAAAGGAUGAGGCAGAGGCUGAGAAGGAUGAUGGUCAAACCGAAGCUGUUCUUGAUGAGCCUGCAACUACGCCAGUCGCUCCGGCUUCAACAUCCGCCGUCUCUCCGACUCCUCCAGUACCUUCGGGAUCAAACUCAACUCCGGCAGUUGUCGCUUCGGCGCCCUUGACUCAAUCCAGCAUCCGCCCUCAUCCUACACCAACAACUCCUGCUCCCGUGGCUAUAGCUGCUAGAACUGCAGCUGCUAGCCAAUCCGAACCCGCGAACAGUCCCUGGUUGGACCGCGCUAUUAUUGGCAUCAUCUUUGCCUUGAUUAUCCUCGUCACCAAGCGGACAGUCAAUGUCGACGACCUCUGA